AUGGAGCAAACGGAAAGCCAAGAACCGGCGAUGAAAGAAGGAGAAAAUAUGGACGAAAACACGAUGGAGGAACCACAACCAGCUGAAGUGAGUUUUUUAGAUGAACCACCAGAGGACGACAGAAAGCAGCACCGAGAGGACGGAGAGGAUCCUACCACGUGUGCGCCCACAUCCAGCCCUCUCAAACAGAUGUCAGAAGUGGUAGAAGAAGCCGAAACCCAAGCCAAUCUCCCUGAAGUGACUGAGCAGCCUGCAGAGUCACAAUCAAAUGGUGAUGAUGUUGGAACUUCCACAGCAACAGUGAAGGUAGUUCUAGUGCCAGAGGGCCAUGUGAUGACUGUAGCUUUUGCCAUCGGACUCAGCAUUGGAGAGCUAAAACAACAUCUUGCCUCAGAGCUGAGAGUGCCUCCAGAAGUGCUCCAUAUUUUUCUUGAUGGGCAGGUUGUGGAAAACCAGCAGGCCCUUAUGGAUCUUGGUGUCCAACCACAUGGCUCCACCCGGAUGGAGAUGAGCUCAGCUGACCCCCACACGUACCCUCUGCGCCCCCUCCGCCCUCCAGAGCACGACAACAUGCCCGAUGUCAUCACUGUGAGGGUCCAGACGGGAGACGAGAAUGGCUUCCAGGAGGUGGUGGUUGAAAUCCAGCGCCCCCCGCAGAGAAAACCUUUCUUGGGUGGAUACAAGCACCGUCUGACAGGGGCUGUGUACCACCACGCCAGCACACAGACCCAUCCCCAGAGGAGGCCAGGCCGAGGGGUAGAGGUCUUCAGCCGGGAUACUCAGACCGUGGAGGUGAAGUCGCACUCUCAGCAGUGUCCAGCAGAUGUUAGCACACAGAUGACGGGAAUCGGCUGUUAUAUUUCCUGUACAAAUGACAAACUACUGACCCCUAGAGGCUACUCCACAGCGGCGGAGUACCACGAGCGCAGACUCAAAGCUGUAAUCUGUCUCCAGGCUGCGGCCCGGUGCUGGUUGGCCAAACAGGCAGUGGGGCGUCUGCGUCACGACAGAGAUCGGAGGCUGGCCUGGCUGGAAGUGCAGGAGAGACGCAGGAGAGAGGAGAAGGAAGAGCAGCUCCGAGACAGAAGGAGGCGCUGGAACGACCCCCAGAGGAGAGAGGACUUCAACCUGCUCUACCACGCCCUCGACAAGUGGAGAAAGGAGGAGGAACAGCUGAUCAAUGCCACCUUGAAAGGAGCUGAGAGGAAGGUCGCGCUCUGUGCACUGCUGGAGCAAGAGCUGGAGUACAUCAAAAACAUUGGACUCAAACAAAUCAUCUUUGACAAAACCAACGCAGACAGGAGCAUUAGGAACUUUCUAGACAAGUCUGCAGCCCCUUAUCACUGGAAAUCGGCGAAAGGAAAAUGGAUUGAGAUGGACACCAUGAACACUGUCAGAGCCAGAGAGCUGAGAGACCUGUUCAAUGAUAUCAGUGCCCCUCCAGUCAAACAGAGUGAUCGGCUGCAAGUCCUCAUGAUGCUCAAACACACUGUCAAGGAGCAUGACUGUCAGCUGACGCGGGACCUGGUGGACUUGGUGGACAGAGAAGUGGACCUGAUGACGCGCUGUGUGAAGGCCUCAAGUCUGAAGGGGCUGAGGCAGAGGAUCAACACACUGUUUCUCCAGUAUAUCAAAACACCCGCCUUUAACCCCCAAGUGGCCAAGCUGCUCAAGGUUCCUCAGGAUGUUUCCCUACUGAAGAACAACAUGCUCUUGUGUGGUAGCUGCCAUCGCUACCUGUCCAUCACAAGCUUCAGCCCUACUCUCAGCUCCACAGAGGGACGCUGCAGGGACUGUGCUCGCCUGGACAACAUCGCCAGGGACCGCGAUGACUUCUCCUGCUACAAGCACAUCCUCAAGAGGCUCAGAGAGGAUGAACAGCUGAUCAGCAAACAUUCCAAAAUACCUUUCCUAAUGCAGGUGGAAGACAUUCGCUAUCUGAUUGAUGUGAUUUGGUCUAAGCAGUCCGCACUGUUAGACUGCACUGACCUGUACAACCUGGUGUUAGUGCGCUGGGACCAACAGAAGCACUGGAGCCCCUGGAACUGCAUUCUCCUGUCCAAAGAAGAAACAUCGGCUCAUUCUCAGCUAAAGGACGUUUAUAUGGCGUACGAGGCAGAGUUUAUUUGUCGUAUCGAGCAGAGGCACAUGCUGGCCAGGCAACACUUCAGUCAGAUACCUGUCAUUGCUGCACACAUGGACCCAGAGCCCCACGCCGUUCUCGACAACCUGCUCAUAUCCAAGACCAUCGCCACGGCAACAGGCAAACACGACACACACACCGGAAUGGCUCGUUAA